AUGUCCAGCAAUAAGCGCACAGCCGACCUAGAGAUAUCGGUAGCCCCCAUCGAGACCCCGACAUGCGAGGCAAUGCGUGCCGCUUUGGUCAUCCACCCAGGGCCUGGUGUGACCUGCACCAGCACCUCUCCUGGAGAAUCAGCUCGGGGCGGCACCUACGCUCUCCUCAACGAGGAAACCACCGAGGCCCUGCUGCAUCAACACGAAAGCGCACGGUCUGCUCCUGGUAUCAAGUGCUUCAGCUCACAACUGCCCGUCAACACCCCAAACGAGGACCGGUGCUCCACCCAUCUUCUGUCCGAGGCUGAUCUGGCUGGGCUGGUCGAGUCGGCGAUCCGAGGACCCGGCGGGUUCUGGCGAGCAUGGGAUGAGCUUGUGGACGGAAAGAAGGCCGAUGACGAGUUGAGAUCAUCUUGGGUGAUGAGCUCAGUCAUCGAUGGUCUUGCGAGAGGCGAAGUGGCGGAUACGAUCAAUCGAGUCUUGCAUGCCUCGCUGGCAUUUGCGCUCGGCUGUCAAGAGAAUCGCGACGAUGGGUCAAUCAAGUCCAUCAUUACGAAAGUGUAUGAACAGAUCGACCAAGCCAUCAUCUCCGCCCCUCAGAACUUCCUCAACCCUAAUCCCUGCACACCGGCCAGUACCCUCCUCCCUCCCGGCUGCACCGCGCUCUUGGGCGCUGCGGGCCUCCUCUAUCCCUCGAGUGGCGCAGUAGCUGCUACAGUUCUGCUCGACCUGACCAGACAGAGAGUGUACGUCGCGAGUCUGGGGGAUUGCCGCGUUUUAUUGGGGUGGAAAGAUGAGCAUGGGAAGUGGGGGACGAAAGAUACUGGGGUGGGACAUACUGUCAAGAAUGAGAAGGAGAUAGAGCUGCUGAUGAAGAGACAUCAAAAUGAGUCUCGUGAUCAACUCAUCAGCCCGAUCAACGGGUUCAUCAAGGGCAUGGCAUCCCACACUCGAUGCUUCGGCAAGCCGGAUAGUAAGGUGCCGCCACUCCAUGAUGACAGGAACGAGCCAUACUUCUUCCACGAUCGCUCGAUGAGAGCUCUCGGUAUACUUCUGCCAAAGAUCCCGACGCAGCAAGACCUCCCGGGCGCGCCAUACAUCCUCAGCACGCCGGAAGUGGCAUGUACGGUGCUGGAGAAGAAAGGGGCCAAGUUGAAGUUCAUCGUUUUGGCGACCGACGGAGUGACGGACAGACUCAGCUCGAAAGAGAUAGUCCAUCUCGUUGCUGGUCAAUUGGAGCGAUCCGCCCCGGUCUCGCCACUGACCGACGACAAUCCCGCUACGGGACUCAUCCGGGCCGCGAUUGGCGGUGGCGACCCUCGAACCAGGCAGAUAUUACUCAGCCUGGGUGCGCCGAUGGGGCGAGCGAUGAGGGACGAUAUGACCGUGACGUGA